ACCAACCCUCCAUACUGAGAGGAAGAGAUUAUUCCCUGGACACCAGUAACUGACGCAGGGGGGGGGGGAAACGCAAUAGGCGUUAGAUAACGCACCGUGGAAACUACCAAGGAGACGUCAUUUCUGGCUGACUGCCAGCAGACCUGGGAAGGAGGCGGCAUCUGACCUGGAUCUCUAAAAGUGAGACUUAGGGGGGCAUUUGGAAAGGGGCAGCGUAUACCAGGUAGAAGGCUCAGUGUUAGCAACAAAAUUCCAGGCUGGUAUAUGAAAGGCGGAAAGACUUCUCAUCUUCUGCUUCUGAAUGUUGACCUUUUUCAUGCUAAAUGGCGUUUAAUGAUUGCUUUAGUUUGAGCUAUCCUGGUAACCCCCAGCCAGGGGACUUGAUUGAAGUAUUUCGUUCUGGCUAUCAGCACUGGGCACUGUACUUGGGUGAUGGUUAUGUUAUCAACAUAGCACCUCUAGAGGAUGGCAUUUCUUCCUCAUUUACGAGCGCCAAGUCUAUAUUCAGCAGGAAAGCCCUGGUGAAGAUGCAGCUGCUGAGGGAUGUUGUGGGAAAGGACACAUACAGAAUAAACAAUAAAUAUGAUGGGACCUACUCCCCACUCCCCAUGGAAGAAGUCAUGCAACGGUCAGAGAUGGUUAUUGGACAGGAGGUGGAAUAUGACAUACUUGUCAACAACUGUGAGCAUUUUGUGACUUUGCUUCGUUAUGGAGAAGGAGUUUCAGAGCAGGCCAACCAAGCAAUAAGUACCAUUGGGUUUGUGGCAGCUGCUGCUGGUGCCUUCUCACUCCUGGGCUUGUUUCCAAAAAGACAAAGAGCAAAAUACUAUUAACAAUUUACUGAAGAGAUAUUGGAACUGAAGGAAUUUGUGAGGAGGGGAAAAAAAAAAACUGGGAUGAAUACUUAUUUUCAAUGCAUCAUUAUUGUUCCAAAUUCCAGUGAUGGAUGGCAGG